AUGACGACAACAAGUAAAAACAAUGAAUCAAUAGUUAAACAAUGGACUUCAAUUGAUUUGAAAUCAAUGCAGCAUGAUUUAGACGUGACAACAAUUGAAAUAGUCAGUUGUGCUGAUGAAAGUGAUCAAUCAAGAAGAAAAUUGGUUGAAUUAACUCGAGAUUUUAAGAAAAAUGCGAAUGAGGAUGUGCGCAAAUCCAUUACACCUAUAUUAAAAUCGUUCCAGAUCGAAAUAGAUACUUUAUCAAAACAAAGCAAAUUAACUGAAGAAACUCUUUUAAAAAUUUAUCAACAUUUAAGUGAAUUACCAGUUAAAGAUCCGGUGCCAAUUCUUGAGUACACUCAAACAUUACAGACAGGAUUAGAGAAAGUGUCUGAUUUAGCAGCACAAAAUCAAAAUUUAAAAGAAAUAUUAAACGAAUUAGCUCAUGUCAAAAGUCAAGAAUUGACAAUCAAGCAAUUACGUGAUAAAAUCAAAGAUUUGGAAAAAAAACCAGAAGUAAUCAUACAGCAACACAUCAAAGACAAAGAAGACUUCCAACAUAUCUUCGCUGAUAAAGACCAUCAAUUUGAUCUUAUUAAAAAAUAUGCACACAUGGAAAUGCAUCAAUCAGUAUUAGAUCAUCCUAUACAUCAAGAUAUCUUCGAAUAUAAACUUAAACAAGACGAUACAACUAAUCUGUUUUCAUCCAAUAAUCAAGAACAAAUGAAUAAGCAAACAUCAAAUGCAGAACGAUAUUUAUGUGAAGAUUUUGAAAAAAACCGGGUAACAAAUAAUAAAUCUGAUGAAUUGAUGAUUUCACAAGAAGAAAUAGAACGGAAAUUACGUGAAAAACUUGAGCUUGAAUUGGCAGCUAAAGAAUGUAAAAUAGUUACACUUGUUGAUGAAGCACAAAAAUUACAAUCAACAUUGAUUAAAAUUAAAGAAAAUUCUUUUACACAGAUUUCUGAUCUUGAAAAUGUGUUAAGUGAAAAAGAAAAGUUAAUUGCACAACUGGAAAAUAAAUUACAAACUCAAGCCGAUUACGAUGAAAUCAAACGAGAAUUGACUGUGUUGAAAUCAAUUGAAUUUCCACGAACAAAUCGUUCCAAUGAUGAUCAAACAGAAAGUCUACCAAAAAAAUCUUUCGAAACAUUACUAUUAGAAAAAGACCGAUCUUUACAAGAUGAACAGACACAAAUCAAAAUGUCACAAAUUGAUUCCGAAAGUAAUACUAAUCAUCAUCAACUUCAACAUUCAUGCCGCCAUUGUACUUCUCCAUGUUUGCACCGAACAAAUGCGCCAUAUAUACCUGUACCAUCGUAUCUAUCCUCAUCUGCUUCUUCAUCAUCAAAUUCGUCGUCUUCUCCUUCAUCACCUUCUCAGAUUUAUUUAAAACCUCCUCAACAAUCAACAUUAAAUUGUAAUGGUAUUGAUGAGCCAUCAAAAAAAAUGAUUCCAUGUAUACCAACGUCCCUUUCAUUAAUAGCAACAACAACAACAACAACAACAACAAAAGGAAAUCUUCAAUCGUGCAAUUCUUUUACAAAUUCAACAAAUUCAAAGUAUCCAUCGUUGACAACAUCAUGUUCAACUAUGGUUACACCAACUGCUUCGCUUCUUUCAUCAGUAACAACAACUACAUUAACGCCGUCCAAUCUCUUUCCAGGUCAUCACCUUUCAUCCGUCCAAUGUACAAAACUUCAUUGUCCGCCAACAUCAUCGUGGAGUCCACCAUUAUCUUCGUCAUCAGGUGUAUCUAGUAUAGCUACAACAUCUACAGAUAAUCGAACAGUAAUGAAAUCUUCUAAACAAACAUCACCUAAGCCAUCACCAUCACCAACUGUACUUGUACCAUCGACAUGUUCAACUGCAGUCACACCAAAUAACGCAAGUGUACUUGAACCACUCGAUACAACCUAUGUUGCUAAUGUUGUACGAAAACUUCUUGCACAACAUAAUAUAGGUCAACGUAUAUUUGCAAGAUAUAUACUGAGUUUAUCACAAGGUACUGUUAGUGAACUAUUGUCGAAACCAAAAUGUUGGUCAAAAUUAACUGAAAAAGGAAAAGAAAGUUAUCGAAAAAUGUGGUGUUGGGCUAAUUCCGAAGAAAGUAUAUUAACAUUAAAGAGUAUUAGUCCACGCAAAGGUAUGAAUAAUCGUUCAAAAGAUAAUCCGUAUCCAGCUAUGAGCACGAAACAUACUGAUCCAGCAACUCAUCAAAAAAUUGUUCAAAUCUUAGCUGAUGCUCAAAAACAACAAAUAGCAGCAGCAGUUGCUGCCGCUGCUGCAGCUGCUGGUCAAAAACAUUUACUAUCACCCUGUAGUUCCUUUCCUAAUGAUGUCUCUAAUACAAACCUUUCCAUAGAUCAAUUCGAAUCAAAAUCUUCAUCCUCUUCUUCGAACUCUUCAUCAGCAAAUUCCUCGCCAAUGAAUUCUCCAUCGCACGAACCCGUACCAUCUGAUCAGCAACCAUUUUUACUUCCUGUUCCACCACCACCACCACCCCCGUCAUCAUCCACAACAACAACACCAUCAUCAUUAUCAAUGCUGUCCGCAUUUGUUCCAUCAUUACUAAUGCGUACAGCAAACAGUUUCAAUACAGACAAAACAACCAACAAUCUUCUCGAUUGUUCAACAUCAUCACCAUUCAGUUUACUUCGUCAUCAACCAGAUAAUUAUCGAAAUUGGCUUAUGUUACAAGAAAUUUUUCGUAAUAAUGAUUUAAUGAAACAAUUUCAACCACGAACAAAUGAAAACGACGAUGAAAGCGAUCAAGAGAACGAUGAUAAUAAUAAUAAUAAUAAUAACAAUGAUGAUGAUGAAAAUUCAAAUGAUGAAAAUUCAAAUGAUGAUGAUGAUGAUGAUAUGGACGAUGAAAAUCCUACAAGUUCAGAUGAAAUUCCACUUGAUUUAAGUAUGAAAAUGGACGGAAAUCAACAUGAUAUGGAACAAACAUCAAUUAAAGUAUCCAACAGUAAACAGCCCAUAUCAACAAAACAUACUAAAACCGCCUUAGCACCAUUACGUGAACAAGAUACAUCAAAGUAUCGUUAUAUCAAUACAAUGGAAUUAGUACAAACCGUUAAAGAUAUUCUCAGUCGUUAUAGUAUAUCACAACGACAUUUUGGAGAAAAAAUUCUCGGACUAUCUCAGGGAAGUGUUAGUGAUAUUCUCGCUCGACCAAAACAAUGGGAAUUAUUAACACAAAAAGGUCGUGAACCAUUUCUUCGUAUGCGUCUUUUUCUUGAUGAUCCCAAUGCUAUAAAACAGCUUGUUCAAACAGUUACAACAGCGCCACCAAUUAUCUCAUCAUCACCGUCAGCUGUCACCACGCCGCCAACAACAACAACAAAUUCAAUAUUAAUGCCAACAUUUUGUCCACCAUCUAUAAUACCAUCAUCAUCAAUUCUAGCAAACAGUUCGUCAUUAAAUGGCUAUCAUACAAACAAAUUAUUAACACUAGAUAAUUCAACUGAUUCACAAUCAAAUAUUUUACUCAAUGAUUCAUCACAAUUAUUAAUCAAUGAAACUAUUCAAGUUCCAUCGUCAUCGCCAUCAACAUCAAAUGGAUUAGGAACAAAUUCGAAUAAAUCACGUUCUCGUUCUAAAACUCCAAAAGUAAAUAAUGACAAACCAUCAGUAUUAUCCAAUCACAGUCGACAUUCAUCAGCAAAUCCACUUAUGACACCAUACGAACUACCUAAAAUAGUAUUACCAACUACAAUGGAUACCGAACAAUUAAGUUCACAAGUACGCGAGCUUCUAUUUGCUUAUAGUAUUGGCCAACGUGUAUUUGGUGAAGCAGUACUUAAUCUAUCUCAAGGGACUGUCAGUGAAAUAUUAUCAAAACCUCGUCCUUGGCAUUCAUUAAGUGUUAAAGGUCGUGAACCUUAUUUACGUAUGUAUACAUGGUAUCAUGACACAGGCAAUGUGCAAAAACUUCUUGCUUGGAAACGAGAACGUGAUGCUUUACGUCGUUCUCGUCCUCCGGGUUCUAAAAUAGAUAAUGGUGAUUCAGAAAGUAAAAAUAAUAAUACAACAAUAACAAAAUCCUCAUCCUUCUCAUCAUCAUCAGGAGCAACAACAACAACAACAGCAACAAAUAAUAAUAAUAAUAAUCCAAAACGUCGGUAUUUAUUUACCGAUGAUCAACGUCGUGUAUUAAAACAAAUAUUUGAAAAUGAACCAUAUCCGAGCCAAUCAACAUUGGAACAACUUGUCACUGAAUUAUCAUUACCAAUGAAUAAAAUAGCGAAUUGGUUUCAUAACUCACGCAUGAGAGCUAAAACAAAUAUACAUUCAUCAUCAAGUCCAUUGAAUAAAAUUUCAACAGCAUCAAUCAAUAAUGAUGAUUUAAUAAAUCCACAAAGUGGUGAUGAUGACGAUGAUUUAGAUGAUAACAAUAACAAUAAUAACAAUAACAACAACGAUGAAGAUGAUGAUGACGACGAUGACUACCCUAUCUUACCAACCAUUGUACCUUUAACUAGUUCAUGGCUUAAUGGUACAAACGAUUCGAACAGUUCCACAAGUCCAGUUGGCCUAUCGGCCACAUCAACAAAUAUUGGUUCAUUAAUUGAUGAUCAAAAAAUAGCACCUGUAUCAUCAUCAUCAAGUUCAAGUAGUAAAAAACGUAAAUCAGUUCCACAAAAGAUAGUCACAACAAAUAAUAAUUCAACAAAAAGAUUUCAUAAUGAUUCAACCAUAAUUGAAAAUGACAGUAAUGACGAACUAAAUCAAAAAGCAAAUGAAUCAACAAAUCUCGUUGAUAUUCUUACCUGA